AUGUUGUAUUCCCUACAAACGUACCUCAAAUACUUUGCUUUGCUGGGCAUUGUGCCUUGGUCGGAGAAUUCUGCCAACUCUCGGUUUAUACAAAGAGUUUACUCGGUUUUCUUGAUUGUUUUCAAUAUUGCUACUUUUGGGUUUGCAAUAUAUUUUCCUCAGAGGAGUGAACUGUUUCUUUCGCUGAUGGUCAACGUGAUUGUUUUUGUAGCUAAAAUUGUGUGCGUCACUGUCAUCGUGCUUCAGAUGAUGUUUCAGUAUGAUGACUACUACAGAUUCUGCAUGGAAAUUAAGUGUCUGCGGUUGGGAUUUCAGUGCGAGCUGAAGAUGCAAGUUGAGGGCAUGAACUGGAGGUCGUAUGCUAAAAUUUUGGGACUUGGUGUUGGGCUUUUGCUGACAAUAUUGCCCUCCGUCUAUGUUGCUGUAAGCAAUAGUCUUCUAUAUUUCUGGCCCUCGUUCUUGUCAAUCCUUGUCAUUCGGAUGCAAAGCGUAUUGAUGCUGCUCUAUGUGGAUAUUUUGGGUCACCAUGUCAAUCUGCUGGGAAAGCGACUCCAGGACGUACUCAACUGCCAUCUGAAGGGCGGCAACUGCAUUCUGGAUGGCAACUGCAAUCAGCUUUGCUCCCUCGAAUUUUUAUUGGCCCUCAAACACAGUCAUAUGGGGCUCUACUAUCUGUUCACCCACUUCAAUGGCCUUUUUGGCUGGUCCAUAGUCAGCAUUUAUGUGGUGUUGAUUCUGGACAGUACGGUCAACAUUUACUGGACCCAGCAAGUUCUGGCUGAGGUCUAUGAAUACAGAUACCUGUAUGCUACGUGUUCAGUCUAUAUACCCUCAAUCAUCAUGAUUUUCAUUUUUUGCCGUAGUGGAGAGUUUUGUAAAAGGCAGAACGUGCUAAUUGGCAGUUAUUUGAGGAACUUGGCCUGCCACCCUGCACCCGCAAAAGAACCGGCAUAUAAUGAACUGCUGUCAGAAUUUAUCAUGCAAGUGGAACAAAAUUCGUUGGCCAUCAAUGCCGAGGGCUUUAUGAACAUCGAUAAUUCGCUGCUAAUGUCGAUAUUGGCUGCCAAAGUUACCUAUCUGAUCGUGCUAAUGCAAUUUAGUAGUUAUUAGUUUUAAUAGUUAUUUUUUAUAGAU